AUGCUGGUGCGCGGGCAAACGGCGGCGAACGCGUCGGCGAACAAUUCCCGAUUCCGAAGCACGCGGAAACGCGAAAAUAAAUACGUUAAACAAAACAUGAUCGGACGUCUAAUAUUAAUAAUCCGCCUCGCCGUCAACAAGGAGGGCAUGUCCACGUGGAUUGCGCAGGCGGUGUCUGGUGCGCGGAGCGAGAAAAAGGCAACGGGUAUUAACCCAAUUGUCGGCUAUUCCGGGCGCAAGCUCUCACUGGGAGCAGACAACGAUCCUGCG